UGCAUAUGCAGUUUCCAAUUUUAUUUCGUAUUCGUACUUCACCCCAUAAUCCCGAUCCUGCCGCAAUUACAUUGGCCGCCUGUAAUCUCUCUCUCUCUUGUCAGAAUUCAUCACCUUAUCAUGAUUCUGUAGUCACUCGUUUCCCUUGAUUCCCUGCUUUUGGCUUCCCGACUUCGAAUGCCGAAUUUCUAGUUCCUUCUCUCGAUCUUGCUAAAAUUUUCCUCAAUUUUUGAUUGUUCGGUUUCUUUAAUUUCACACGGAGUGGGUUUUUGAAUUCGCUUUCUGGGAUGAAGAUUGAGCAACUGGACAAUGUUGAUUCCACUAGGGACGAAGGGAGUAAUGAGAAUCAGAUUGUGAGGGUUGACGCAAAGAGAGCGUUAGUUGGAGCAGGUGCUCGGAUCUUGUUUUACCCGACUCUUUUGUAUAAUGUACUUCGGAACAAGAUUGAAGCCGAGUUCAGGUGGUGGGAUCAAGUCGAUGAGUUUUUAUUAUUGGGUGCUGUUCCAUUUCCUAAAGAUGUUCCUCGCUUGAAGAAGCUUGGUGUGGGUGGUGUAAUUACUCUGAAUGAACCUUAUGAAACGUUGGUUCCAUCAUCAUUGUAUCGUGCUCAUGAGAUUGAUCAUUUAAUGAUUCCUACAAGGGAUUAUCUCUUUGCCCCUUCACUAGAGGAUAUUAGCCGUGCCGUGAAAUUCAUUCAUGAAAAUGCAUGUUGCGGUAAAACUACUUAUGUCCAUUGCAAAGCCGGUCGAGGAAGGAGCACGACGAUUGUUCUUUGUUACUUGGUUGAAUAUAAGCACAUGACACCCGCAGCUGCCCUGGAUUAUGUGCGUUCUCGCAGACCUAGGGUGCUGCUAGCACCAUCACAGUGGAAGGUUGUUCAAAACUACAGCAAAUGCCAACCUUCUCCUUGUAUUGCCAGGCCUACUCCUACGCCAUACUCUCCCUCUAGGGACGCAGUUCUUAUAACCCAAGCUGACCUUGAGGGUUACCACAACGCAUGCGAUGCUGGUAUGCAGUUGGCUGUCGUUGCUAAAGUGCCAAGGACCAAGCCCAUGAUAGCAAGAUUAUCUUGCCUGUUUGCGUCCCUUAAAGUUUCUGGUAGCAGUGUCCCAGCAGUCAGGCGGUUGCUAGUUUCUGAGGCACGCGCUUGCUAAGCCAGCUUGGCAAGGACGUAGGAGGUCUGCACAGCAUAUGAUCGUGAAGAUGAGAGGCCGAGUUCGAUAAUUUUUCUGUGUUGUCGGGGCAAACGAGUUGUACAUGAAGAGUCUGUCUGUAUACGAAGAAUGAUAGGAGCGAAGUUUUUUAACGAUACCCGUACAUUCAAAUUAGUUUUUGUGCAAUUGUUCUGUUUCGUAAGUCAACUAUCUCUUGCAUGUUAAUAAGUUAUAUCAUGUCGGUAAAAUCACCGUCUGAUAUCAACGAAGUUUGAGGUGUGAACCGGAAGAUGACCAAGUUUACCCGGAAGUGAGCGUGUUUGCCUGUUUGGAUAUGGCGAAAACCAAACACUAUUAGCUGUAAGUGGGGGAGAAUUGAGGUAGGAUGUGGUGUGCGUAUUUUCAUGCUUGCAAUGGAAUGGCUUACAAAUUUUUUA